AUGAUAAACUUUAAGCAUAACUUCAGUGACCAUAUUUGGGAGUUCGAAGAAACACCAGAGUUUUCUUUUGGGGUUCAUGACAAACAAGGAGAGGCUGAUGGAUUAUCUGAGGAUGAUAGAGUAUCUGGGAAUAAUGAAGCAUCUAAGACUGAUGAAGAUGCUCCCAAGAAUGAUGAAGAAUAUGGGAGUGAUGAAGAGUUUCAAACUCCAAAAGGAACAGCAAACACAAGCUCCGGAGGUAGAAAUGGAAAGAAGAGGCUCUCGGAUCGUGGAAUGGAAAAAAAGAAGCAAAAGGUUCUUUGUACUAGCGCCAAACAUGCGCCUUUUAAUGAGAAUGCAACCGUUGAUGUUGCAGAAGUAGAUCCCUCGGCGAGUAAGCCUUCUCUUAUCAAGCCAUCUCCUAGCAACCCAUCUACUACCAAGCCUUCUCAUACCAAGUCAUCUCCAAGCAAGCCAGCUCCUGGAAAACCCUCAACUAUCAAGACAAUGUCUACCAAGCCAUCGCCUAGCAAGACAACUAGCAAUACAACGUCUAUGAAGCCAUCUCCGAGGAGGUCCAAUCGCUUGUUUGAGCUUAGUGACUCACCCGUGCCGUCUGAUGGUUCUCCACAGUCCUCAUUGUAUUGGUUCAACGAAGAACCAUGGGAUAGAUUCACGGAAUGGUCUAUGAAUCCAACAACUUUAAGGAUUGGUCCUACAGCCUUUAAUAUGACCGUAGCUGCAAGAGUAAUAGGUCCUGAAAAAUGGCUUGGAAAUGAGGGAAGGAAUAGGCAAUACGUGGAGAUUGUUAUGAUUCCUAGGAUAGUAAAGGCUGUUGCACCACCUGAAAACAAGAAGUAUCUACUCCUGGAAAAGUAUUAUAUCGUAGAGGUACCUCGAUAA